GGGAGGGAGAAAGGCGUGCCGUCACGUGACUCCGGCGAGCGGCGGCUGAAGCCGGGAGCGGAGCGGGUGUGGGGCGUGACGCUCCCGUCGAAGUUCCCAGGCUCCUGCCUGGCUUCGGGAGGCCGCAGCUGGCGCGAGCGGGCGGCCCCCAGCGCUCGCGCCCCAGUCAGGUCUGGGGAUGCUCCAGCUGCUGUCCAGAGCCCUGGCCUACUUCUGGAGACGGGCAGAAGGGGCGGGACCCGGAGAGCAGCGGCCGGCGGCCACAGAUGAUAAAGAGUUAAAAACCGUACAAGGAGUAGUGACAAGAUUUUGCCAUGAUUAUGGGAUGAUAGAUGACUUGAUUUGCUUCACAAGUGAUGCUGUGAUGAGCGGUGUGCCACUGAACGUUGGACAGAAAGUCAUUGCUGUUGUUGAAGAGGAUAAAACAUCUAAUGGAUUGAAGGCGAUUAGUGUAGAAGCUGUCUCAGACAAAUGGGAAAACGAUAGCAGUCCUACUUACAACUCUUCUGAAUUAAAAACUAAAAUGUUAAUUGGCAAUAUUACAUCUCUUACUGAAGAUGGUGGCUAUAUUAAUAAGACAACUUCUUUCUCCAUGGCCCAGGUUUGUGAAGGCUUUGAACCUUGUACAGGUGACUGGGUGCAAGCUGAAUAUUUUAUUAACACAACAACAUGGAGCAGUGAAGCAGUUUCUGUAAAGCCACUGAGAUAUAAGCGAGUGGACAAAGUUCGUAUUUCCAGUGUUUGUGGAAGAAUUGGCGUAGUAGAUGACAGUAUAUUUUUCAUUCUGGAUUAUCUGAGACUUCCUGAUGGUUAUUCACCUCGUAGACAUGACCUGGUCAAUGUGGUGGUUGUGGAGAGUAACCAGUCAUGUUACAUUUGGAGAGCACUCUGCAUGGCUCCCUCAGACAAGAAUGGACUAUCUGCCACUAGUGAAAUGAACUUGGAUGAGUCAUAUGAAAAUUUAAUGAGAGACAAAGGAGGACUGGAGGUGUCAAGAAUGACUAACUUUGGAACACUUAAGCUGGGGGAGAGUAAAAACAUGGUCAUUUGGAUAGAGAAUAAGGGAAAUGUACCACAUUCCUUAAUCAGCUGCAGACUAGCUGGCUGGGAAAAAGCGAAGCAGUUCAGCUUUCAGUUGCCCGAAAAAUGCCAGAAGACUCCAACAGCAUUUUUGUCAUCAUCUGUUCCUGUGAAACAAGAGAAUUUGUCAAAAGAGAGCAUCAGUUCACUCAGUGACAGUAGAGAACCUAUGUGCCAGCCAUUGAAUAAUGCAUUUGUUACGAAUAAUGGAACCCCACCAGAUGGAAUUAAUCCUAAGGAUCCAGAUUUAGCAAGAGAGAAUGAAGAUCUUGGUAGCAGAGAAAAUGAAAAUCUGUGCAGUGGAGAAAAUGGACAAAAUGUGGAAGAACAGCCAACAGUUGAGACACAAGCUAGUGGGGAAAUCCUCAUACCGCCUGAUGGAAAGACUUCCAUUGUGAUCAUAUGCACCGCAGUAAACCCUGGCCACUGCAAAGAACUUCUGUUGCUUUGUUUUUCUGAUUUUAUUAUUGGACGUUACAUUGAAGUAACUGUAAUAAAUGAAGAGGAAUCUCUAAUAGCAGCCACUGAACCAUUUUCACUAAGAAAGCAUAAAGUUAUUCCGGAGUUACAGCACAUGAAGACUACAGUGGCUGUAACAGAACACAAAAGAAGUUGUAGAAGACAUCUUCCAAGUUUCCUACCACAGUAUCCCAUACCGGAUAGAUUAAGAAAAUGUGUGGAGCGGAAAUUGGACAUACUGACUUUUCAACCUCUCCUUGCAGAGCGACUGAAUCUGUCUAACUAUAAAGCAAACCUUUCUACCCUGCUCUGGCUUGAGGAGAUCCAUGCUGAAAUGGAGAUCAAAGAAUUUAGCAUGAGUGGAGUUAUUUUGAAAAAGAAUGGAAACUUCUUGGUGCUGGAAGUGCCAGGGUUGGCAGAGGGAAGACCUUCCUUAUAUGCAGGCGACAAAGUGAUAUUAAAAAGUCAAGACUACUCUGAGCAUAUAAUAGAGUACAUUGCUUAUGUUACUGAGAUUCACGAUGAAGAUGCUACUCUGAGACUUAACCCAGAGUUUGAACAGGUUUACAACUUUGAACCCAUGGAUGUAGAAUUUGCAUUGAAUAGGACUAACAGCAGGCGAUGCCAGUUUGCAGUUGAACAAGGCAUCUAUCUGGGUGAAAAAGUGUUAUUUCCAGAUACUCUGGUUUUACAAUCCCCACAAGUUGUCAAGACUUGGAAUAAUAUGGGAUGUCGUACUGUUGCUGAUGAUCAUGAACAGUAUACCAAGAAGAAAGACAUGUGCUCUUUUCAGAAAAAGAAAAUGCAAAAUGAGCAAACAAAAUGCAUGGUACCAAAGGAGAGAAACAUAGUGGCUGUGCCUCGAAUGGUGACUGUUGCUACACAGACAAGUAAACUGAAGCAUAUGUGUGGGCUUGAUGUAGAGUUCACUGGAGUGAGGUUCUUUGGCCUGCGUUAUGUAGGAGUCAAUGGAAUCAUGACACCUGAACAGAGAGACUGUGAAUUUUUCAAUCCUGUGCUGAAUGAACAUCAGAAACUAGCAGUGAAGAGGAUACUUAGUGGUGAAUGUCGUCCAACUCCGUAUGUUCUCUUUGGACCACCGGGAACUGGAAAAACUGUAACAAUGAUAGAAGCUAUCUUACAGGUACAUUAUACUUUACCAGACAGUCGAAUUUUGGUCUGUGCACCAUCGAACAGUGCAACGGAUUUAGUUUGCUUACGACUGCAUGAUAGUAACUUCCUAAAACCAGGAGCUAUGGUCAGAGUUAAUGCUAGCAGCAGGUGUGAAGAGACAAUCAGUGAUACAGUAAAACUUUACUGCAAAGAUGGUGAAGAUAUUUGGAAAGCAUCACGGUUCAGGAUAAUAAUUACCACCUGUAGCAGUGCAGGAAUGUUUUAUCAAAUAGGAGUAAGGCUUGGGCAUUUCACACACGUAUUUGUGGAUGAAGCAGGACAGGCAAGUGAACCAGAAUGCUUGAUUCCACUGGGGUUGAUUUCAGAAGUUAAUGGACAGAUAGUGCUUGCUGGAGAUCCAAUGCAAUUAGGACCAGUAAUAAAAUCUACACUUGCAGUGGCUUAUGGAUUAAAUAUAUCCAUGCUGGAAAGACUAAUGUCACGAUCUCUGUAUCAGAGAAAUGAGGAUACUUUUGGUGCUUAUGGAUCGUACAAUCCUCUGUUGGUUACAAAGCUUUUGAAGAAUUACAGAUCACAUUCUACAUUGCUUGCGUUGCCAUCUAAACUGUUUUAUCAUAAAGAGCUGGAAGUUUGUGCAGACUCUUCAGUAGUAACUUCUUUGUUGGGUUGGGAAAAAUUACCGAGGAAGGGGUUUCCACUAAUUUUUCAUGGCAUGAGGGGCACUGAAACACGUGAAGGACACAACCCCUCUUGGUUUAAUCCUACAGAAGCAGUUCAAGUAAUGCGUUAUUGUUGCCUUCUUGCGAAACACGUUAACAAUGCAGUGUCAAUGACUGAUAUUGGGGUGAUUACACCAUAUCGUAAACAGGUAGAAAAAAUUAGGUUUCUUCUGCGAAACGUUGAUUUGAUGGAUAUUAAAGUUGGUUCUGUAGAGGCGUUUCAAGGGCAGGAGUACUUGGUGAUCAUCCUAUCGACAGUACGAUCAAAUGAGGGCUCAUUUGAUGAUGAUAGAUACUACUUGGGAUUUGUCUCUAAUGCAAAACGAUUUAAUGUGGCAAUUACCAGACCAAAGGCUUUGCUUAUUGUGGUGGGAAAUCCUCAUGUUCUUGUAAAAGAUCCCUGUUUCAGUGCUCUUUUGGAAUACAGCCUAGAAAAUGGAGUUUAUGUAGGUUGUGAUUUGCCUUCUGAAUUGAAAUCUCUGCAACAAUACGACUAGCUUCCAGUGCUCAGGGCAUGGCCAGAAGACUUUUCCAUCUGAAAGUUAAUAUGUGAUAAGCAUUGGAUUCAAAACAGAAGCUCAGGACCUCUAGUUUCAGCAUUGUUUUCUAAGUAGUUUGUAUUCCUAAACUUGAGGGGAUUUUUUUAAUUUAACUACAAACAACUUUAAGUUCAAAAUCCUACGUAUCAAGGUAAAGUUGCUAUGCCAACUUAAGUCUUAAUUGUUGUACCAAAACAGUAUAAAUACCUAAAGUUUAUGCAUACUGUGAUGGACCAUUACCCUGUUGGCUUCUCAAAAUAGAAGCUAAAAAGAACCAGGAACUAAUGUUGAAUUUUUCCCAUCUUCCGUUUAAUUUUGUAUCUGUAAUAUUCUACGAUUUUGUAAUGUCUCUUAUUCAUUGCCCAGCAAAUCCUCUGAGUUCAUGUAGUAUCAGUUUCUGUUCAGACCCAGGCAAGUAUUUCAAUCCAGGCUUCUGACAAAGCUUUAUAGCAAAAUUAAUAGUUUUUGCAGUGUUUCAAGCAUUUCUUUUUCUUCUUCUUCCCCUCUCUUUAGUCUCUGGCAUUUUUCUCUGAAGAAAGCUAUGGUUUCCAAAAAGCUUUUUUCCUUGCUCUCACCUGUUGUAACGUAUCUGUAGCUUUUGAAGGUGACUUAGCCUCUUAGGGCUGAACUGCCACAAAAACCUAUAAUAGAGCUACCAUAUUUAUGAAACUCGUAGCUUGUGCUGCACUUGGGCUUUGUCCAGGUUCUCAUUAUAGCGAGAGAAAGGAAGUAGUGACAAGGCAUUAAAUUUUAGGCAACGUCUAACUGUUUUUUUUAAUGCAGCCAAUAAUCUCAUGCAAGCAGAUAACCUAGAUGGUUUCUAAUGCACUUUCACAAAAAGGAUCAGCUUAAUGAUUUGGGACUAGGAAAUUAGAAUUUAGUUUGGAAGAUGUUAUCUAAAGAUUACAAGGGUUACUUAGAGUUAAAAGUCACACACACUACAGUAGAGGUGGAAAAACACUGCAGCAAUUACUCCAACAAACAAACUAUAUUUUUUUGUUUUGGAAAAACAGUGUUCAGCAAAGCCAUCCCUAUGAGAAUGGCCUGCAUUAAGUAUUCUCUUGGCUUAUUUUCCUGUAUAAGUGAGAUAAAGAGUGUUUGUUUAGAAAUUUACUGAGUAAUGUUUAAAUAAUAAAGCAUAGUGUACAAAAAUAA